CCUGGGUGGUUGGCAGCCCAGCGCAGUUUCCCGAGGAGACGCGGCGCUGAUGGGGCGGCGGAGCUCGGGACGGACGGCCUGAGCGGCCUGAGAGAGAGCGAGAGAGAAUCCUGACAUCUUUUGACAGCAGCCCUUCAUUCGACAAAGGAAUGACGAGACCCUUGUGAGAAGUACAAUUCUUUUGAGGGGAAAGAAUUCGGGGGAAGCGGAAUCGCACGAAUUCUCGCAAGAUUACCACCGCUGCAAGCUUGGCGUUUUCCCCGGCAUCUUUUCAGUCUGGCUGGGUGUCUAGCAUGCGAAUCGUCGGCCUUCACUAAUGAGAGGGAGAAUGGGAACCCAGGGCAGCCCUGUCAAAAGCUACGACUACCUGCUGAAGUUCCUCUUGGUCGGGGACAGCGACGUGGGCAAAGGAGAAAUCCUUGAGAGUCUUCAAGACGGGGCUUCGGAAUCGCCCUAUGCCUACAGCAACGGAAUUGAUUACAAAACCACAACAAUUCUGUUAGAUGGCAGAAGGGUCAAACUGGAGCUCUGGGACACGUCUGGCCAAGGAAGGUUCUGUACUAUUUUUCGAUCUUAUUCCAGAGGAGCCCAGGGCAUCCUCUUGGUGUACGACAUCACCAACCGCUGGUCUUUUGAUGGAAUAGACCGAUGGAUCAAGGAAAUCGAUGAGCAUGCCCCCGGGGUGCCCCGGAUCUUGGUUGGCAACCGCCUUCACCUAGCCUUCAAGCGGCAGGUGCCCACGGAGCAAGCCCGAUCCUACGCAGAGAAGAAUUGCAUGACCUUCUUCGAAGUCAGCCCGUUGUGCAACUUCAAUGUGAUCGAGUCCUUCACCGAGUUGUCCCGCAUUGUGCUGAUGAGACAUGGCAUGGAGAAGAUCUGGAGGCCCAACAGAGGUGAGUAA